AUGGCCGACAGGGAAAAGAAUCAUGGGGGCCAAGUCAGUGCUGAGCCCAAGGCCACUGCGCAGUCUAUUUCAGUACAGAGUAACACUCGCACUCAUCCGAAACCAACAAAGCUCCGUCAAAUAUUCGUCGUCGCAGCAGGCUUCAUAACAAUGUUCAUGACCUGCGCAAUAAUCUUCUCCUACGGCGUCUACCAAGCCAUAUAUGAAGAAAUGGCCAAACAACCUAACACCCCAUUCAGCGGAACCUCAAGCUCAAUAAUCAGUCUAAUCGGCACAUUAUCAAUAGCACUAAUGUCCAUGGGCGGACCCUUCAUAAUGACAUGGGCAAAGCUCUACGGCCCCCAGCCAGUAAUCAUGACCGGCGGUCUGGUCUUCGGCAUCGGCUGCAUCCUCGCCAGUUUAAGCGAGUACGUGUGGGAGUUCGCGUUGACGCAGGGUCUGCUCAUUGGACUGGGAACGUGCAUGGCGUAUGUACCCACAAUGUCUGUUGCGCCGACUUGGUUUGAUAAACGGCGUGGGUUGGCUAUGGGUGUUGUCAUUUCUGGGUCUGCUUGUGGGGGUAUGAUUUGGCCGCCUGUGCUUAGAGCUAUUACAUCUGCUAUUGGGUUCCGGAAUGCGUUGCGUAUUUCCUGGUGUCUUGUUGCGCUAUUUGUCCCGCUGGCUGGGUAUACUUUGCGUUGGGAGCCUACGUUUGGGGAGAAAGUCGCCGGGCAGACCGCUGGUAUAUCGAAGAAGAUUGGCUGGAUUCAGGCGCCAUUUGUUGAUUGGAAAAUUGCACGGUCGAAGAAGUUCGUCUCGCAGGCGUUGGGCUGCUUUUUGCAAUCGACGGGGUAUGCUACGCCGCUGUUUUUCUAUGCUGCGUAUGCGCGGUCAUUGGGAUAUAAUGUUAGCAUGGCGGAUAACUUCAUUACGAUUAGCAAUGCGGCGAACUUUGUUUCUCGCAUUGUUAUCGGUUAUGCGGCGGACAAGCUUGGGAGAUUGAACGUUCUGUUCCUGACUACGAUCAUGAGCAGUGUUGCCGUAUUUGCAUUUUGGUUGCCUUCAACCUUCGCAGGGGGCGCUGUCUCGAGUACUGCGGCGGAUGUGUUGUUCAUUCUGUUUGCUGUAGUAUAUGGUUGCUUUGGAAGUGCGUAUAUCUCGCUGUUCCCUGCGAGUCUGAUCGAGCUCUUUGGCGUGCAGCAUUUUACCUCGGUGAAUGGAGCGCUCUACCUAAUUCGAGGUAUGGGUGCUUUGCUCGGCACACCGCUGACCAGUCUUUUGCUUCCUGGGCAGUCGGCUCUGUCAGAUCCAUCAAAUUAUCUGAGUGUGUCCUAUACUGCUGGCAUACUUUUGUUUGCGGCAAGUCUUGCCACGCUGUGGGUGAGGAUUGAAGGUUCUGCUGGAAAGAAUUGGACAUGGAAUUUAUGA